UGCAGCUAUAAAAGCCCCUCAGCACAGGCUGACUACUGACCAUGCAGUGAUGGAAGCACAGGGCCAUCGAGCGUUCAGUGGCACUUGUGAUAGACUGACAAGUGCAGGCGAGCAACCCAAAAGCGGCUCGGCGAGUCACUUAGUGGUGCAAGAGGACAAUUGCGGCAUGGCAGUGAGGAGAACCGAAUGGGCAAUCAUUGGCUGUCGUAUGUUUCCUCAAUUGCGAGGUGACACGCUUUACCCCGCAAACCAUGUUAGCACCAAGUUGUUAGGCAGAUCGGCCCGCUCCGCGAAGACAAUUAAGACCUGUCGAAGGAACGUGUAUUAUGGAUUCGCCCUCAAAGAAAAAAAGCCUCCGACUGCAUUGCAGGUAUUGGGACGAGUUACUUUGUGUAUGGUGGUGUGGUUGCGCCAUUUUCUCAACCAACGUAGCCGAAGUUUCCUCCGCCCAUUGCUGCCUGA